AAGUCAGAAAAAGGACAGCUGUUUGGUUCCACAGGAACAACAGAACAUCUGUGAACUAGAUGUGAAUUUGGUUCCACCGGAACGCCGUGACAGCAGCGAACUUAUUGUCCAUCUCAUUCCAUAGGGAGACGCUGUACUGAGGCCGUUCUCUCAAAGUAGUUCAUUGACAAUACAUCAAUAAGCACUAGUUUGCACUUUGACUUAACCUAAGACAUAUGAGACCGCAAACCACCAUAUAAGGAACGCCAGACUCAGUACCAGGAUACAGCUAAUUUUUCAAGAUUUUGCUGGUAAAUUUUCUCUGGGCUACAAAUAUUUUGCGCCUAAAAUCAUUGGACCAUGGAUGCAGGAAGCACCAGUACAUUCCAUGCUAUUGAUUACAUUCUCUUUGGUCUUAUCCUCGCCAUAUCUGCUGGCGUCGGGGUGUUUUACGCCAUCAAGGACAGGAACAACGCCGACACGGAGGAAGUAUUUCUGGGCGGACGUAAAAUGUCGGUUAUCCCUGUGACCCUUUCUCUGCUCGCCAGUUUCCAGUCCGCUGUCUCCAUCAUUGGUGUACCGGCAGAGGUGUAUUUCAACAACACGAUGUACUUAAUGCUCAUACUUUCCAUCCCUUUCUCAAUUAUUGGGUGCAACUACAUCUUUAUACCCAUCUUUUACAACCUCAAGAUAACCAGUAUUUUUGAGUACCUGUCACUUCGCUUCCACGUCUCCCUGAGAACGGCCACAUCCAUACUGUAUUCCAUACAAAUGUUGCUGUACAUGGCGAUUGUUCUGUAUGCACCUUCUCUGGCUCUAAGUGCAGUGACUGGUCUGUCGCUGUGGCCAAUUGUAAUCGCUGUUGGGGUUGUGUGUACGUUCUACACCACAAUAGGCGGUCUGAAGGCGGUGGUGUGGGCAGACACGUUCCAGAUACUCGUGUUUUUUGCCGGGUUGCUGGCUAUUUUGAUUCAAGGGAGUAUAGUGACGGGUGGGUUAGCCAACGCUUGGAAUAUCUCCAGUAACCAUGGACGAAUCAAGUUGGACGAAACUAGCGGUGAUCCAACCGUACGGCACAGUAUCUGGAACUUGGCAAUUGGUGGGACAGUCACAAAUAUAGCGAUUUACGGAACGAACCAAGCUCAAGUACAGAGAGCAUGCGCUUGCCCAACCUUAACCAAGGCACGGCACACCAUAUCGUCAGGACUCAACGCUUUGGCCGCUGUGACACUACAGGAUAUCGUGAGACCUCACAUGGCGCCGAGAAUGAGCGAGACAGGUGCAACCUGGAUUGCCAGAGGCUUGGCCAUCGGGUAUGGAGUCGUAUGUCUUGCGCUGACCUAUGUAGUUUCCUUGAUGGGCAGCGUUAUUCAAGGCGCCUUCGCCGGCCUCAUCUCUAGCCUCGGUCUCGGUGUCUGGAUUUUGAUUGGUGCUAAGCUGACAGCGACGCCAUUAACUCUGCUCAGUGUCAACAGCACGUUUGCUAACAUGACAACCCUAAGUCCGGCCGUCACCACCGCCUGGGCCGCCUCGCAUAGUACCCCCUCCAACCCGCUUAUCCCGCUGUAUCGCUUGUCCUACCAGUACUACACUCUAUUUGCCGUCAUCGUCUCUAUAAGUGUUGGGUUACUAGUUAGCGCCUUGACAUGCUUUAAGCAGCCCCGCCCACCUGGAGCAGAUCUGAUAUUUCCGUAUCGAUCAUUGAUCAAACCUUGUUUGCCGAGGAACCGUAGGCUUCGAAAAAAGGAGGAUCAUCAGCAUGAAGCUGUUAGCGAGCUUGAUAUUGCCAUGCUGGAUGUGGACGAUUUUAGUACAAACUAGUAGUGCAGAUCAUGGAGACGGGGCAUAGGAACAGAAGAGUAAACCUGAGAGGGGAAAAAGCAGUGUGCGGGGCUGUUCUAACGCUGUGUCAAAUCAUCUCUCGAAUGAGUGUACAACUUGACCAUUAUUCUAAUGGAACGCACUACGCACCUACUGGGACAAUACCUGCUCCCUUAACUUUCCGGCAGGACAUACAGUUUUCGACAGUGGAUUGUCAACAAAUCAUUCUGUGCUCGCGUAUUUCCGAUUCAGGCAUAAUUCAGGCAUAAUUCAGGCAUCAAGCCUCUAGCUGGAAGCCCUGUUGUUUUUAUUAUUAUUAGUAGUAGUAGUAUUAUUCUACGAAAAAUUUAUGCCACGUUUUUAGGAAAACUGUCUGGAAGAAAUUCAUUAAUCUUCAGUAUGCCAAGCGAUCCCUGGAGAUUGUUUGGACAGAAAAAGGAUGCAUUGUGUAUGCAAAUUAGGUUUUAACUGAUAUAUAUGUGACGUCAUGUUAAAGCGAAAAAAUUGAAUUUGAAGAUUGUUAACCUGUUACCUAACCUAGUUUGACCUCCUGAUCACAAACCCGGUCUUAGUUUUGCCCUGCAGUGUGUAUAUUAAAUUGCGAUCAAAAGGUGAACAAGCACAUUUCCCCUAUAUUUGCAGCACACGUGACAGAAAACUGUUUCUGGUGUAAAGUUUAAAAUCUCUGUGUAUAAAGAGGUAUACAUGUACUAUUUGCAUGGUGAAAAUCGUUGAUCUGUGUCUAAAAAGACAGGGCGUGCAGGCUUUUGAAUAAUGUCCAUGGACAGAUUUUCCGUAUUUGGUACAUUUACAUGCUAUAUAGUGUAAUACAAUGUACGGAUGGCUACGAAGAAUAUCUAUCAUGUAUCUGCUCUCUGGUAGUAUUUUAUCUGGUUUGCACUGCAGUUGCGAUUGGCUCACCCUGUGACAUUGCACGCCAUCCCCCCCCCCCCCCCGCCCCCUUUCAUGUACACCUAAACUAUGUGAAUGCCUUGCCAGUCAGUGUAUGUUGUGCAAGUAUUUCUAAACGUUUGCUUUCUUUUGCACAAACCUUGCCUUCUUUACUAUACGCUGACCAGGCCCUGGUGACUGACAGAUAUCUACAAGUAACCCUGGCCCAGAUGUUCGGUUUCUGACAAGGGCUGAACUAUUAGUAAAGCAGUCUACACAGGGGAGUGCGUGUGUUGUGUUCUGUAUAAUAAUCUGAAGGGAAAACACCGUGUUGACCGUUAGUUCUUCUCUUUAUUGGGCAGUCCGGUUUGUGAGUCAUUAUAACUACCUAAUCAGAAUAUUUUACGUACAAUACGUUCAGAGUCAGAUAUAUAUAAUAUAGUUCAAUUUUAAAUACAUGUAUCAUUGAAGUUCAUAUCAAUAAAUCU